AUGGCCAAAAAACAAGCUGGUGAAAAUUCAAAAAAAGCAGCAGGUAAUGCCAAAAAACAAGAACAAGCAAAUAAAAAGAAACAAGAACAAUUAGAUAAACUCGAAGCAGAAGAAAGUUCAAAAUGGGAAGAUGGUUCAAAAAAGGGUAAUAAAAAAAAGGAAGAUGAACAAUUUAAAAAAGAAGAAGCUGCUAGAAAAAAACAAGAAAGAGAUUUAUUAUUACAAGCAGAAGAAGCAAGUUUGCCUUCAAAACCAACAAAAUCAAAACAAAGAGGAGCAGAAAAAGUAGCUGCUAAAAGAACAGGUAAAAUUGAUGAUUUUCUUGAUUUUAAUAAAGAUACACCAGAAUUAAGUGCAUCAGGUUUAGAUAAUGCAUUAGAAGCUUUAGCAUUAACUGGGAAAGAUUCAGGAGUUUCAAAUAAAGAUAUAGAUCGUCAUGCAGAAAGACGUGUAAAAGCAGCUUUUAAAGCUUAUGAAGAUAAAAGACUACCAGAAAUUAGAAAAGAAAAUCCAGGAUUAAGAUUACAACAAGUUAAGAAUUUAGUAUUUAAAGAAUUUCAAAAAUCAAAAGAAAAUCCAAUGAAUCAAGAUACUAAUGUUAAAUAUAAUGCUAAUAGAGAUGAAUUAGAAGUUAAAAAGAAAGAAGUUAGAGAAUCCAGAGAGAAUAAAUUUAAUUAA